CCCCCCACCUGCGUGGCAACGGCGCGCCUGGGUGUUGCCUGGGCUCGUGGAGACGCCGAGAAGCUCCUUGUCGCCCUAUACGGCACCUCCGCGAGAUGCAGCAACAUUUUUUUCCCCUCAGCUGGUCUCUGUCGCUGGCUUCUUCUCGAUUACAAUGGAUGCCCAUCGCAAUUCUUUUUUUCUGCUAGCGCCUUUUACGGCACUAAGCAACUUGAGUCGGUCUUUCUGUUUGGGUUUUACGAGGUGUCCACCAUUCUCGUACAAAGAAUAAUGACUUCGCAAGGUAUUCACGCUUAUCACUCAUGA